AUGGGACUGCUUAAAUUUCUUAUUUACUUUGUAAUGUGUCAUGUUAUCGUUUCGAAUGUAUAUGCCAAAAACGAAGAAUACACUGGGUUCAAAGUAUACAAUGUUAAGCUUGAAACCGAAGAGCAGCAGUACAAAUUUGAGAUCCUCAAAAGUGAUGUUAUUGGUUAUUGGCGGAAACCAUCAGUGAAGUUUAAUAUCACCGGCCAAGCAAUGGUACCACCAUCACAUUUUAAGUGGUUCGAAGAGAAGCUAACUGAAUUAGGCGUAGCUAAAGAUAUUUCAAUCGAAGAUGUGUUUGAGUACUUGUCAUGGAAAGAGGAAGUCGCAGAGAAGAUUUUAAGGAAUGAAGAGGACAAAAUGUUCAGUUUUGAUGAUUAUUAUCGUUAUAACGAUAUAUUGAAUUACAUCAGGACUUUGGAGACUGCACAUGAAAAUUCAACAGAUAUCAAUUUUAAAGUAAUUGACGCUGGUUUAACAGCAGAGGGAAGACCUUUAAUAUAUAUCAAAGUUACAAGCCAGGCUGCAACAAGUGAAAAACCGAUAAUUAUCAUCGAAGCUGGCAUUAAUCCAAGAGAAUGGAUCACUAUUCCGACAUCAUUGAAUAUUGUCAAUAAAUUACUAGACCAAAGUUAUAAUAAAUUUAUUAAUAAUUUUGAAUGGAUCAUAAUUCCUGUUUUAAAUCCAGAUGGAUAUGAAUAUACUCAUACAAAUUUGCGGUUAUGGACGAAGUCGAGAAGCAUCCAAAGUCACUUGGGCGCCAUUUGUCCAGGAGUUAACAUAAAUCGCAACUUUGACGUCGACUGGCUCUCUUUUGACUCCAGCUCGAGUCCAUGCAGUCACAUUUAUGGUGGCCCUGAAGCCUUUUCUGAGGUUGAAACUCGACUAAUUAAGUCUUUACUAGAUAGUAAUGAAAAAAGAAUUCGCCUUUAUGUUUCUUUGCAAAACAAUGGAGGGUUCAUUUCUUAUCCUUGGCAAUAUGAGAGAGCUGCUAGUGGAAUGUUUGUACAACAGCACCUUUUAGGACUAAGUAUGAUUGAAGCGAUGCAAGAACAUUAUAAUUUGGGUGUUUCUUCAGAAGUAUAUGGUGAUAGAGCAUCAGGUACAAGUACAGAUUUUAUGCGGAAAAAUGGUGUCCUGUACACAUUUAACAUAGACAUAGUGCCAAGAAGUGAAGAUAGCGUUAUCAUACCAAGAGAAGAAAUUACAACCAUCGCUGAAGACGUAUGGAGAGCUGUGUCAGUGGCAGCAGACAAUUUACUAUAA